AUGGCUCGACUCCUUCUCACUGUGCUCCUCGCAGCGCCCUCGGCACUCGCCCUCGCCGUGGGUAAAGAGGGUGGGGCGGCAGAACGCGCCCUCGCAGAGGACGUGUUGGCGCUCCGUAACCCGUCGGAGCUGCCCGUCCCGCACCGCCCGCUCGAGUGGAGCGACGUGAACAUUAUCAGCACCUCCGACACGCAUGGUUGGCUCAGGGGUCAUCAGCAUGACACUUGGCCCGAACCAAACUACUCUGGUGACUGGGGCACCUUUGCCUCGUUUGCGACGCACAUGCGCGCCCAGGCAGACGCACGCGGUGUAGACCUCCUCCUAGUCGACGCGGGCGACCACCACGACGGCUCGGGACUCGUCUCGACGUCGCGCGAGAGCGCAGAGGCCGCAGACGGCAUCUUUGGCUUGCUCCACUACGAUGUCCUGACGCUCGGAAACCACGAGCUGUACCAGUACAGCUCGGCCAAGUGGCUGUACGACAACCACAAGCGCUGGAAUGGCAGGUAUCUCACGUCCAACGUGAACAUUACUGUAGAGGAGCACGGCGAGGUUGUUUCGGUGCCGAUUUCAGACCGCGUGGCCAAGUUUGAGACCAAGCAAGGAAAUUCUGUCACUGCAUUUGGCGUUCUCUUCAACUUCAAGGCACAUGACCGCAACAUCACCGUCCAGGCGCCCGUCAAGAUGGCCCAGGAGGCUUGGUUCCAGGAGGCUAUUGCCGACGCUCCCGACUACUUCGUCCUCGUUGGCCACAUGCCCGGUCGUGGCCUGACCUCGGAGUGGUACCCGGUCUACCAAGCCAUCCGCAAGGUCCACCCCCUCGUCCCCAUCUUUGUCUUUGGUGGUCACACGCACGUCCGGGACUGCGUGCAGUACGACGACCGCUCCAUUGCUGUCGUUCCCGGCUGCUACCUCGAGACCAUUGCCUUCACCUCGUCCAACCUUCCUCCAGCGGAGGACGAUGGCCGUGCACUUGAGAUUAGCAGGCGAUACCUCGACGCCAACCCAGUGACUUACAAGUGGCACACUGGCACGACGGACGACGACUUCGACACACAGCUCGGUCUGAACAUUUCGCAGUCUCUGGAUAACCUGGCGCACGAGCUCAAGAUCACCCGGCCGUUUGGUGUCGUCCCGCACGACUACUUCCUCCACCGCCACCCGUACGGCCAUCCCCGCUCGGUUCUCACUGUGUUUGCCGAAAAGGUCAUUCCAGAGGUUGUGUGCGACCGUGAGCGUCAUGGCCACCCUCGUGUGGUCAUUGGCAAUGCCGGCAGUCUGCGCUUUGACGUGUUUGCCGGACCGUUUGACCGCAACGACGAGCUCACUGUGUCUCCCUUCAACACCGAGUUCCUGUACACCCGUCUUCCGGCCGGUCUCGCAGGUAACAUUACCGUCGAGAUGAACCGCGCCGGCGCGUCCAAGUUUGCCCCCUCGGUGGAUGACGACGAGGCAUACGUCCGCCACGUAUACAACGAGUGGCUCGCGUCCCAGUGGGACCGUUACGUCCAGUCCAACCUGCUUGGCGGCUCGGACGAACUGUCGAUGACUUCGGACGCCAAGAAGCCCCGCACGCUCGGCUACGUCACGCACGACGCGUGCAAGGGCCGUGGUGACGAUAUCGAGCACAUUCCCGUGCCCUACUCGCCUGACCAAGUCGACUUUAUUCGGAGCCCCAUGCCCGACGUGGACCCCGAGGAGGUGAUCGACGUUGUCGUCAUGGACUUUGCCAUGGAGGACUUUUUGACGGCCGCGAGCGUCCUGGCUCCCGAGCGCAAGGUCUCAACCGACGACUUUAAGACGUACGCAGAGGGCACCACCAUCAACGACGUGUUUGGCCUGUAUGCCCGCAAGCAGUGGUGA